AUGCAAAACUUUAAGAAGAAAUGGAAGGAGCUGGUGUACUCUUUCAGCACCGAGGACCGGUACGCUGACUACAACGGAAAAAAUGACGAUACUUCUGUUGUCUCGAGUAGACCUGAACGGUCAGCUGCGAAUGCUGCGGCCUCUUCGUCGCAGAUUCAGCUGACAGACUUCACGGACGGCCCGGCAGGUGGAACGAACGAUGGCGUCAGCGAAGCUAUGCUUGCCUGGAGACACAUAGAUGCAUGGGCUUCGGAACAUCACUCUGAUCUAUAUGCUACACUGAGCGAACCGUGCACACGGACCGACAUAUCCAGAGCAGAAGAAGACCUAAAAAUCGUGUUUCCCGCCUCUUUGAGAGCCUCUUUCCGGCUCCACGAUGGACAAGAGGGCUUGGACUCUUUGACAGGCACCUCAGGUUUGCUUUUUGGGUUACAACUAAUGCCUCUUGAUCAAGUGGUACAUAUGACCCAAACCUGGAGAAACGUUGCCGCAAACAUGGCAAGACACAAUCGGUCGUUGUCUCCUACAACAACGAGCUCAACAGCAUCGGGAUCGAACGUGGAGGCUCCAAACAAGGCCGUCACACCCCAGACUUUGAAAACCAAAGGUUACGGAAAAUUGGAUACUCAGGAUUUCCAAAGCAUGAAUCCAACAUUGCAGCGCGACAUCUCCAAUAACACCAACAAACAAUUCAAAUUGAAUUCCAUUCCACAGCAAGAUUCCGUUCCACCGGGAGCCACUCAACCUUUAUACGCCAGCCCUGGUUGGAUUCCUCUAGUCACAGACAACGCAGGAAACCACAUUGCAGUGGAUUUGGCACCCGGUCCCAAGGGUCAUUACGGUCAGAUCAUCCUAUUUGGAAGAGAAUUCGAUAUCAAGUAUGUGGUGGCCAAAAACUGGGGGGAUUUCCUGCUCUCUUUCGCCAACGAUUUAGAAAAAGGAAAUUGGUACAUCAUGGAUGGUGAUGACGACUACCUCAGUGGCGCUGGUGACCUAGUGUUUAGAGACAAGGACGCUGGAAAUACUAUCAGAGACUACUUCGAUGUGCUCAAGUCAAGAAGUCGCAAGACUUGGCAGAGUUCAGCAGCCGAGGCAAAACCUGCAACGGAAACUGCUGGUGGCAGUUUUUCUGCUGGUCACGGCAAGGAUCUGACUUCUCAGACCCUUCUUUCAUCUCCGUCGUUGGUGGAGCAAGAAACUACAGCCGUCACCGAAACUGCUCAUACAGAAGAACCAAAGGAUACCGAGAAAAAAGCCAAAAAUUCCGAUGUCCGCGAGACUUCAGUGGAUUCUACGCAAACAUCUGGGUCUAGCGAGGACGCUGCGAAAACAAAUCAGCCUGCCAAGCAGGCAUCUGCAGAACCCAAAGCUGAAACUUCUGGUGAUAACGUGGAAUCAAAAACAACGGCCUCCGAAGAAAAUAAAGCUGAAAAUGAUGACAAGACGGAUGCUACCGAAGAAGCUGCUUUGCAGAAAGAUAACAAAGAAGCAGAAGAGAAGCAAUCAGAGAACCUUCAGAAAAGCAACAAAGAAGAAGAAGAAGAAGUGUCCAAAUUGAAAGAAGAAUUUGAGAAUGUUGCCCUUUAG